AUGGAUUUUGAUGAUGGUUUUGAUUUUUUUAAUAAUGAUAUGAAAUGUAUGAAUUCAAUGAAUGAAUAUCAAAAAGAUAUUUUGGAUUUUCCAAUUUUUCAUUCGACUCCUUCACUUGCUCACUCAAAACAACAGAUACGUGCUGUUGAUUUUCCUUCAACGAAAAAACAUUAUGGUAUUGUUACUUUUUUUGAUCAUCAAAUGCCUAUUAUUUAUCGAUUAUUUAAUGAUACUUUUUAUAUUCCUUAUAUUCGCUUUUCUUAUGUUCUCAAUAUUUUUGCACAUCCUCCACAUAAAAAUGAUUUAGUUGAUAUUCGAAAUUUACCUGUUAUUGAAAUGACAAAUACAGAGAAAACUUAUUAUGAUGAAUUAUCUUCGUUAAAUGAUACUUCAGAUUGGUCAAAUUAUCAAUUAUUAAGUGUUUCAAUGCUUGAUGGUGUUUUAUCUAUUGUAAAUCUUACAAAAAAUUUGAAUUUUAAAAAUGAUCUUCAUUCUAUCGAACAAUGUAAAGAAUGGCAAGAAACAUUGAAUAAAAUACGUCAAGAAGCACGUGAUCGAUGGAUAUUAGAUGAAAAAAUAGUAUUAACUCGAUUAACAGAAAAACAAGAUAUGGAAUCAACAUGUAUUUUAUCGACAAAUAUAGCUCAACGACGAUCAUUAUUUGAAGAACGUUUAGAUCUUUCAAUUGUUGAUGAAGCAGGUGGUUUUAUUCAAAUCGAUUCAUAUAUUUAUCCAUUUAUUAAAAAUCGAUUAAAUAAUGAAAUUUAUAUUAAUCUUGAUGAUAUUCGACAAAAUUUAAUUGUACCAUCAUCAUAUAUGAUUUCUUAUAGUGAUCGAAAUUCACCGAUGUAUCAUACUUAUAUUGUUGUUAUUGAACAAGCUCAAUCAAAUUAUGAAUGGAAUAGAAUUCGUCGUGGUCAUAAUAAUGAUUUAUCAAAAGUUUUACCAUCUGCAAAAAGUUUAGAUAGAAAUCUAUUUGACGAAUUCCCAUUUCUUUCACUUCAAGUUUUACUUCAUCUUUUUUUAAAUAAAAAUUCAAAUUUAAAUUUACAAUUUGUUCAAUUAUUUGAAACUUCAUCAUUAAAUGAAAUUGAAUUAAAUUAUAAAAAUAAUCUAGAUCGACAAUUUAUUAUGGCAACAAAACGACAAGGUGGAAUUGUUUAUAAUAAUAUUCCUUGUCUUAUUUAUUCAAAAUUUGAUCGGCAAAUGAUUUGGAUUCCAACUGAAACGAAAACAAAACGAAUAAUGAGUAAUGAUGAACGACUUUAUCUUAAUAUGAUUCUUCUUUAUCAUGGAUUUUGGAAAAAUCUUUUAACAAAAAAGAAACAAUGGUAUUUAAAAGAAUUUAAUAAUAACGAUAAAGAAAAUACAAAUGUUAAAAUAUUAUUUGCUACUGGAUGA